AUCAACAAACCACAUCGUAUUUGCAUCUUUUGCAGAACGAAUGGCCGCGUGUAUUUCGUCAGUUUCAAAAAUCUACUGUAUUUUCUGAAAAAUACGUCGGAAAUUCAUCAAAUAGUGUUAAAGUCGGGUGCUGGAAUGCAUUAGCAGUGAAUGGUGUCGGUUUCGAGCUAGAAAGGAUUUAAUUAUUCGACAAAAAUGGGACUCGGCGAGAAGCACUGGGAUGCGGAGGGCAAGAACUACAAAAAAGUUCAAAAGGCCUUGGAGGACAAAUGGAAGCUGGUUCCGGCGUUCCUGCAGAUCAAGGGCCUCGUCAAGCAGCACAUCGAUUCGUUCAACUACUUCAUCAACGUGGACAUUAAGAACAUUGUCCGGGCGAACGACGAGGUCAAAAGCGAUGCCGAUCCGUGUUUCUAUCUGAAGUAUUUGAACGUGAGCAUCGGAAUGCCGGACGUGGAGGAGGGCUUCAACAAUACCAAGUCCACCACCCCGCAUGAAUGUCGCCUUCGGGAUAUGACCUACGCUGCUCCGAUCACCGUGGACAUUGAAUACACCCGGGGAACUCAGCGAGUGGUUCGAAAUAAUCUUCUGAUUGGAAGGAUGCCAAUCAUGCUGCGGUCGUCCAACUGCGUUCUGACUGGCAAGUCCGAGUAUGAACUGUCCCAGGUCAACGAGUGCCCGAUGGACCCCGGUGGCUAUUUCGUCAUUCGAGGAACGGAAAAGGUCAUUCUGAUUCAGGAGCAGGUUUCCUGGAACAAAAUGAUCACGGAAGACUACAACAAUGUGAUCCAGUGCCAGGUAACGAGUUCGACCCACGAGAAGAAGUCUCGAACCAUCCUGCUGUCCAAGCACGGCAAGUACUAUCUGAAGCACAACUCGAUGACGGAGGAAAUUCCGGUUGCCAUCAUAUUCAAGGCGAUGGGAAUCGCAUCCGAUCAGGAAAUUAUGCAACUAGUUGGCAUUGAUACUGAAACGCAAAAGCGCUUUGCGCCCUCGCUGCUAGAAGCGACCAAUCAUAAGGUUUACACUCAGCAGCGGGCCCUAGAGUACAUGGGCUCGAAGCUGAUAGCGAAACGAUUCACCACGGCGGCCACCAAGUACAAAACGACGGCGGAUGAAGCGCGGGACUUGCUGGCGACGACCAUCCUUGCGCACGUGCCGGUGCCGAAUUUUAACUUUCAGGUGAAGGCCAUCUACGUGGCCCUGAUGAUCCGUCGCGUCAUGGCCGCCGAGGUGGACAAAUCGGCCGUCGACGAUCGCGAUUACUACGGCAACAAACGGCUGGAAUUGGCCGGUUCGCUGCUUUCGCUGAUGUUCGAGGAUCUGUUCAAGCGCUUCAACUGGGAACUGAAGAUGAUCGCCGACAAGAACAUUCCCAAGAUAAAGGCGGCCCAGUUCGACGUGGUGAAGCACAUGCGAGCGGCGUUGAUCUCCACCGGUCUGGAAACGGCCAUUUCGACGGGGAACUGGACGAUCAAGCGUUUCAAGAUGGAACGUGCCGGAGUGACGCAGGUGCUUUCGAGGUUGAGCUACAUAUCGGCGCUUGGUAUGAUGACCAGGGUUAACUCUCAGUUCGAGAAGACGCGGAAGGUUUCUGGGCCGCGCUCGCUGCAGCCAAGUCAAUGGGGAAUGCUUUGUCCGUCGGAUACACCCGAAGGAGAGGCUUGCGGGUUGGUGAAGAAUCUGGCGUUGAUGACCCACAUUACGACGGAGGUGGAUGAAGAGCCGGUGAUCCGCUUAGCUUAUAAUUCCGGGGUGGAGGACAUCCGUUUGCUUGGGGGAGAGACCAUCAAUAAUCCGAAGGUUUUCAUGGUGUUUAUCAAUGGUAACAUCUUGGGAGUUACGAUCGGGUAUAAGCGACUGGUUGAGGUGUUCCGUAUGAUGAGAAGGAAGGGUCUGAUUGGAUCGUUCGUGUCGAUUCACACAUCGUUUACGCAGCGUUGUGUGUAUAUUCACACGGAUGGAGGUCGUCUAUGUCGGCCUUACAUAAUUGUACAGAAUGGAAGGCCUUUGGUCCAACAGGAGCACAUCGAGCAGCUGAAAAUCGGAUUGCGGAAGUUUGACGACUUCCUUCACGAUGGUUUGAUCGAAUAUCUAGAUGUGAAUGAGGAAAACGAUUCUUUCAUUGCGUAUCAGGAAGUUGAUAUUGACCCAGAGAAGACGACGCAUUUGGAGGUGGAACCAUUCACUCUGCUGGGAGUUUGUGCAGGUUUGGUUCCGUAUCCCCAUCACAAUCAGAGUCCUCGAAACACCUAUCAAUGCGCUAUGGGUAAACAAGCUAUGGGAAUCAUUGGCUAUAAUCAGAAGAAUCGUAUCGACACGCUGAUGUACAACAUUGUCUAUCCCCAAACACCAAUGGUACGUUCCAGAACAAUCGAGCUGACCAACUUCGACAAGCUUCCGGCCGGACAAAACGCCACUGUAGCCGUUAUGAGCUAUUCCGGGUACGAUAUAGAAGAUGCGCUGAUUCUGAACAAAGCUUCCAUCGAUCGCGGUUACGGUCGUUGUCUGGUUUACAAGAACAGCAAAUGUACCAUCAAACGUUACAGCAAUCAAACGUUCGAUCGUAUCAUGGGUCCCAUGAAAGAUUCGCUCACCAACAAGAUCAUCUUCAAGCACGAAUGCCUCGAUACGGAUGGCAUCAUUUCUCCCGGUGAGAAAGUCCUUUCCAAGCAAACCAUGGUCAACAAGGAGAUGCCCGCAGUCAAAUCGACAAACCCCAUCGAGCAAAAAGAAGCAGGACAGCAACCGAUCACCUACAGCCCUGUCCCAAUCACCUACAAAGGAACCGAACCCAGCUACAUCGAAAAGGUCAUGGUUUCCACCAACAACGAAGAGGAGUUCCUCGUCAAGAUUCUUCUCCGUCAAACUCGUCGCCCGGAGAUCGGCGACAAAUUCAGCUCCCGUCACGGUCAGAAAGGUGUAACCGGACUGAUAGUCGAGCAGGAAGAUCUCCCAUUCAAUGACUUCGGAAUGUCGCCGGAUAUGGUCAUGAACCCACACGGUUUCCCCUCUCGUAUGACGGUCGGCAAAACGCUGGAACUUCUCGGCAGCAAGGCAGGAGUCCUGGAAGGCAAAUUCCACUACGGAACCGCUUUCGGUGGAUCCAAGUGCCAGGACCUGCAGGAUGAACUCUUCAAGAACGGGUUUAACUUCCUCGGCAAAGAUAUCUUCUAUUCGGGCAUUACCGGCGAACCGCUGGAGAUGUACAUCUAUUCCGGUCCUGUCUACUACCAGAAGCUGAAGCACAUGGUCCAGGAUAAGAUGCAUGCUCGAGCUCGUGGUCCUCGUGCCGUACUCACACGUCAACCGACGCAGGGUCGUAGUCGAGAAGGUGGUCUCCGUCUCGGAGAAAUGGAACGGGACUGUUUGAUUUCCUACGGGGCUUCCAUGCUGAUCAUGGAACGGUUGAUGAUUUCCUCCGAUGCGUUCGAUGUGGACGUUUGCAACGUGUGCGGUCGGCUGGCAUACUCGUCUUGGUGUCACAAUUGCCGGUCGUCUGCCAGUGUGUCGAAGAUUUCCAUGCCCUAUGCUUGUAAGCUGCUGUUCCAAGAACUGACCAGCAUGAACAUCGUUCCCCGACUUAAGUUGAAGAACUAUUAAGGUAAGCUUUUAUUAUUACACUUUCCGUUGAUUGCUUUGUUCAUUUACGAAACUAAAAUGAAUUUAUAGAUUAAA